AUGCUAAGUGACCAAGUGAUCAACAAUUUGCUGAUCGCUGUGGCAGUGCAGGCAACCCUUUUCGGCUUGCUGACGCUUAAGUACGAUCGGCAGAAGCGCCAGCUGACAGUUUCCAAAAUGCUGGUCGUCUACGGCAUUUGCGUUACGGUCGGGGUAGCCAUCACGUACCAGAGCACCUUAUUUAUCCUGACAAGGGCCCGGUUCCGGGCCGGGUUCAAGCUGACGGUGCUGAACGUGGCCAUCACCGCCGUUCAGGGCCAGGUGGUGAUGCACAUCUUCAUAACAUCGGCCGUUCGUCGGUACCGGAAGCGCUUUGUGAUAGCCAAGCUCCUCGAGGACUUGGGGAUUCUUCAACGCGAACUGUUUAAUUCCACCGAAAUCGACAUGCGAUGGAUGAAGUUGCGCAUAUUGCGUAAAAUCAGCCUAAGCCAGGCGAUCCUCACCAGCGGCUUUGUACUCGGCAUCGUUGAGCUGCUGCAAACGGGAGAAAACAAUCUGCUGGAUGAGGUGGGCCUUCUGAGCGUGUUCUACUACCCCAAGAUAGGCAUUCUCUGCUCGGUGUCGCUGUACUACGGUGUGAUGAUGUUCCUGCAGAACUUACACUACGCCCUAAAUGAACGGCUUAAGCUGAUCGUCCGGGAACACUUCGAGGGUGACGGGCAGAGUGAUGUGGAGCCUCUGCGAGGCUACGCUCGCACCCACCACUCGGUGUACAUUCGCAGCAAACUGAACCACCUGGCCCAGGCCCAGUCGCAGAUCGUGGCGUGUUGUGCCAGAACGCACGCCUUUUACGCGAACAUGCUUCUGUCGUGCAACUUCCUCUGUAUGACCUUCAUUAUCUAUCAGAUGUAUCACUUCUUUGAAAUUUUUUAUGUGCAUUUUCGAACAAACUCUUCGUUGUCGGUGGUGGGCUUGAUUCACGAGUCGCUUACGUGCGUGUUCUGCUUUUUCGAGGUGUAUAGCAUUGCUGAAGUGUGCGAAGCAGUUCGGGGACAGGUUGGUUUGUGGAGCCAUUGCAUUUCUUUGUAAACCAAUUUGCUCUUUGCUCCGGCCAUUACUCAUUCACAGUCACACAAAACCCAGGCCUUACUGUUUCGUCUGAACAUUCCCAAAAUGGACCCUCAACUAAAGCAGAGCAUCGAAGUUUUUGCCCUCCAAACGUUACAUCAACCGAUCGAAUUUACCGCAUGCAAGAUGUUCACAUUGGACUACACCGUACUGUUUUCGAUUAUCGCAUCCGUGACCAGUUAUCUCAUCAUCCUGAUCCAGUUCGAACUGGCCAGCGGGAAUUGA